AAGCUAUGUAUGUUAACUCACGCUGCUAUAGGCAAGAAGAUUUACCGGGAGUUGAGGUCCAUCAAAAACCGCCAUACAUAAUUAGUACAUGUAUUUGCAUCACUUUGGACAAUAAACCCUUGCUAGUUUAUCAGACUGGACUAAAGUCGGGUUUCAGGACUUGAAUUACUAGGAUCGUGUUUAUAACAUUGAGGUGAAAUUAAUAUGGCGGGUGUAGCGGUACAUGAUAUUAGUUUCCGAGGUUUGGCGGGAGCGAUCUUUGGAGUGCUUGCGGUGGCGUUGAUCCUACUUGUCGUUGGAUUGGCAUCCGCGGGCUGGAAUAUCACCUACAACGAGAAUGGGACCAGUCGAAACGUCGGAUUGUGGGAGACUUGCGUCUGUACCUCAAAUAAUGACGUAGCGGAUUGGCAUAAGGCUACUCAGGCCAUGAUUACGAUUGGACUGAUCUUCCUGGUGUUCUGUUGUAUAUGCGUGUUCAUCUAUAUGUGCAUCCAUACCCUUAGUAAGAACAAGACCAUCAUGGCGCUCACUGCCCUCUGCUUCCUCACAGCUCUGUUCCUACUCAUCGGAAUCAUCAUCUGGGGAGUAAAGAUGCCCAGCAACCUCCAUUGGUCGUUUGCGCUGACCAUCAUUGCUAUGCUAACGACAAUCGUCGCAGGGGUCCUUUCAAUUGUCCAAAUGAGGAAGGCGGGGGUCGACCCAUAAAUCCAUGGAUUAGACUUUUGUUUUGGGUUUAAUUCCAGGAUUAAAUCCAUAUUAGUAUAGUCAUGGGCAUUCAAUAAAAGACCAUGGUAUAGUACUAAGAACUAAAAUUCUCAUUAACCAAGUAUAGCAAAACAGUAUGUACAUGACUAUAGGCUAUUGUAAAUUGCUGUAUAUAAUUAUUGUAUUCGAAUGGGUAUACCCAAAAUCAUUGGAUAUAAUAUCCUUGAAAGGGUAUAGUUCAACUUUUUAAUCAUACGCUUUAUUAAACACAUUUACGUUUAAUGAGUUGGUAUAUCUACACACUUUUGUGAUCGUUUUCUCAGGUUUUAUUUUGAUUCAAAGUGGACAAUUAUUCUUUGCAUUUUUUCGAUUUCAAAAAGCAAUGAGCGAUAUUUUCAAACUUUCAAACGAAAAUUACAGACAAUAAUGUUGAUAUAAAAAGUCUGUUGAUGGUAAAGGAUAUAUGAUCAUGUAUAUAAUAAUAUGAAUUUCAGAUAUUUUGGGUUAUCUAAGAUAAUACUUUUAACAAAAAUCUAUCAAGAAUACACUUGAGGAUUUUUGAUAUUAUUUUGUAUCAACUCAAAUGCACUUUCCUUUUUGAGCUUAUCAUUGCUGGGACAUUUCUGUCAUUUCGUUCAUAGCAAAUAUAUGCUUGAUCUACUCAAUCUCUGAGCAAGUCGUUCAGAGCCAGGAACGCACCGAACGUACUGCUACUAAACGCAUCGAACUGAACUGAUUGUGGCUUGGUAACAAUCGUUACGUUAUUUAUUGUAUCUCAUACUUUAAUAUUGUAUAGUGUUUUGUACUUUGAAAUACACACUCUUUUCAAUCUA